UUGUGUGCCAAACAUCGAAUCCAAAAAAAACAGAGUAGUCAUCAUCUCCUUACCCUCCAAUCUCAACAAUCACUCUCCAAAUCGUUCUCUCAUGGCAGCUUCUUCCUCAAUUCCGCCAUCAACCGCCGUAACCUCCGUCAUCCGCAAACCCCUCCUCCUCUCUACAACAUUCUCCUUCCCUGCUUCUUCAUUGUCUCCCUCCAGCAAAUUACCACAAAGAAAAAUCCAAAGAUUGCUACUAGCUUCCUCCUCUGCCUCCGCCGUCUCUUCCAAUUCCAAACCGGUGAAGAAAGAAACCAUCUACUUCGACGGAGGAGCUCAUUACGGUGAUCUAUUGGCUAAUCUCAUCCUUGGCCUGACCAUCCUCUGGCUCCCACUAACCUUAGCCGCGGUGUCUCGAGCCUUUAACCUCCGUUACAGGUUCACAAACCUCCGCGUGACGGUGAUCUCGGGACUCACGGGAGAAGACAGGAGCGAUUUCUCGUACAAAGUGAUCAAGGACGUUCAAGUUGUGCCGAGGUUCAUAGGAGAAUGGGGUGACAUCAUCAUCACUUUGAGAGAUGGGACAAAAGUGGAUUUGAGAAGCGUUCCUAAGUUUAGAGAGAUUGCUAAGUACUGUUUAUCUAUGGCUGAUCAACCUGCUGUUCUUAAAGAAUCUGGCGCCAAAGGCUUUUGAUGGUUUUCUCAAAAUUACUCUGUUCUGUGCAAAGCAAAUUUUAAUUCGCUCGACUGUGUUUUGUUUCUUCAAAAUAGUAUAUGUAUAUUGAAUCAUUUCGAUGUCGAUCAUUUGUGUUUACAAAGAUGUUUUUUAACUCUGCAAUAUGGAAACUGCUGUGAUGUUGGAAUCUA